AUGAAUAUAUCAGUUGGAUGUUCAAAUGAAUCAAUUUCUGAUGGUGUAUGUUGGGGAUUGUCCAUAUGUGGUUGGUGUUAUGAUUAUGGACAAACGCGUGUUGUAUCUAAGGAAUAUGAACAUUUUAAUUUGAUAGUCAUUGGAGUUCUUUUGCCAUUGAUUGGAUGUAUGGGAUUAAUCGGAAAUACCUUAUCGGCCUUUACAUACUCACGACGCGAAAUGAUAUCAAGUCUUAAUGUGUACUUGUGUGCAUUGGCCUGCUCUGACAUCAUCAUCAUUCUGACAGCUUUUUUCUUAUUUUUUCUUGAAAAUAUGAGAAAACGCAGUCUGAUUGCAACUUAUUAUUUCGCUGUUUUAUCUCCCGUAAUGUUCCCAUUAGGCUUAACAGCUCAAUCCUUAUCCGUCUUUCUGACUGUUGCCGCGGCUUUUGAUUGUCUGGUGCUUGUGGCUGCUGGGCCAAAAUUUAAAAACAAAUUUUGUUCUGUUCGAACAUCUCUGAUUAUGAUAGCAAUGAUUAUCCUUUUGGCUUUCAUCUAUAACUCUCCUCAUAUGUAUGAAAUCUUCGUAAUUGAUUGUUGGAGCAUGCCCUACAAUACCGUUUCCAAAGAUGUUUGUCCGACAGCUUUACGAUCUGAUCCCGAUUACUUAACCAUAUAUUAUGCCUAUAUGUAUACAAUAGUUAUGGCAGCUGGUCCCGUAAUACUGCUUGUUGCCAUCAAUUCUGCCAUCGUCGUUUUCAUGAAACGUCAAGAGAAACGUCCAAAACUUCAAGAAAAGCGGGAAACAGAAGAAAACGAAUCCGAUUCUGACAUCAUCACGUUGGUAUUGGUUGUCUGUUUAUUCAUUUCCUGUAAUGUUUUGCCUCUGACAGUCAAUUUUCUGGAAUUAGUUUUCAUGAUUGUUAACAGUUAUCUGAUUGAUUUAUCAAAUCUUAUGGUUGUUGUCAAUUCAUCUUGUAAUUUCUCCAUAUACUAUGCAUUUGGCUCAAACUUCCGAAGAACUUUACGUCAUUACUUGACAAAUGCUAUGAGAAGACGAAAAACUAAUCGAAAUACGUUUCAACGAGUCUCUGUUCCUCCAAAGGAAUGCUUAAUAUGA